AUGAGAGGCUACGUAAUUGCCCUAUUUCUGGUCGCGACAGCGCGGGCGAUGCCUGCGCUGGACCAAGAUGUAAAAGACCAAGGAUUAAUGGGCAGCGUUAUGGGUGUUGUUAAGGAGUGUGUAGAUGGCGACGUGUCCUUGUGCCUUAAGGAGAAAACUUUGAAAUAUGUAGAGUCACUGUCAACAGCACGGGAGAUGGAUUUGGUGGACGGUGUAACUCUUCUCGGUACGGGAUCCCCAAGAUCAGCGCGAGCCUACGAGCCCUUGGCUGAGGAGCCUAAGGCGAGAGAAGCUCAAGUGGAAUCGAGGCUAUUGGAUACGGCUGCUGACUUCUUGGAGAACCAUGUCAUACAAUUUAAACUGCCAUCAUCGGCUAUUGAAGGCAUGAAGCGUUCCUUAGAAGAAGCUCGUGGUAAGAAGAAGAAGAUCAAGCAGCUCAUUCCUCUCUUGGCUAUCGCGAAACUGAAGAUUAUGGCUCUCAUUCCUCUGUUCUUGGCUAUAAUUGCUUUCGCCGCAGCUAAAGCUGUCCUCCUGGCCAAGGUUGCACUCUUAGUUGCCGGUAUCAUUGCCCUGAAGAAACUUUUGGCAAGCAAACACCAUGAAACAAGCUAUGAGGUCGUUGCUCAUCCGCACCAUGAGGAGCAUUUCGCUAGCAGUGGACACGGUUGGGGAAGAUCAAUCGAUGAUGCCCAAAACUUGGCUUACUCCGGCCACAUUAAAUCUGAUUAG